AUGCACGUUAAAAGCGAGAAGAAGAUCCAGCUCCAGCUCCAGCUGAAUAGAAUACUGGAACGUCGAUACACGGAUCCUAAGAGAUUCCUUGAUAACAUCUCUCUCCGAGGAAAAGACUUUUUCCCAUUACUCAGACGUCGGAACGGACACCAUAGCUCACCAUCUCCACUCGAGAAUUCUCGCCACGACAUCUUCACAGCACAGCUCGAGAGGAAACAACUACGGAGGAUCGCCGUGUCGCACGACAGCCCUGGGGAGAGCACAUCACUGUGUCACAGUCUUGCGUAUGACUGGGCGACGCAGAACCGAUCCUCCCGCCUCUCAGCGAUGCAAUUCCUCUUCGAGUUAUCAUGCAGUGAGAUCAAACCCAACCAGACGAUCGAGGCUGCAAUCAAGGAUCAGCUGUUCUCUGGAUGGGAAGAAAUCGACGAGACUCUAAUCGGCAAGUUGAUCAAGAAGAUGCCCGGUGGAAUCACGAUACUCCUCGAUGGCUACAACGGCCACAAUUACGGUAAAGACAUGGAAGACAUCUUGGCAGGACGAACCCUCAAAGAGGUAACUGUCAUGGUCACGGCCAAACCACGCUAUGCAAAUCUGCUCCAUCUAAUGGCAUCGGGCGUGUAUGAUCACAUCGACAUGUACUGAACGGCUGUCUUUCAACGUGUUGAAGUACAGCAAUGAUAUCUUUGAACUGAAUAAACACUUUCGUACCUGCCAGCUUUUGGGAAUGCAAAACGUAGACAACCAUUGCCUUGCAGGGGUCCGAGGGCCAGCUCGUGGAUCUUUAGCAGCUUUAAGGCCAAUGAAAAACGACUUUCAUACUUCAUGUUUUUAGUGCUAUGUAGGUGGGCUUGUACAUUUAUUUCACCUUACCCAUUUUUUUCCCUAGCAUGAAAUUUCGGUCAUCUGAACUUGCGACUAUUUGACCAUUUUGAAAGUCCGAAAUUUGGACAAUCCAAAUAAAAUCUGAAGAGUUGGCAGGUCUGCAUUCGUGACCAACAACGUUUAUAAACAAUCUAAACCCAAUCAGUGUUCCAGCCAUUUGUACAAUCAAGGUCUCGUUGCUCAUUUGAGGUACCCACGUUCAGAAUAUGUUGCACUCUCUGAAAUUACAAUCUGUUAGAAAUAGAGUGAAUUAUUAUGAUUAUAAAGUACUUAUGUAUAAAACUUUAAACAGUCUUGCUCCUGGAUAUUUAUAGUCCAGGAUAGGCCCCAUAGAGAAGGGGUCGAACCUUGUUUUUUAGAUAUACAAUGUUUUUAUGGUUUCUUGUCAAUUCGAGGGUGCUGAUUCCGAAUCUGCAUUAUGCCACUCUUGUAACCUUAAGCAUUUUCCGCAAAUUUGCAAAAUCCAAUAUGGCCGCCAAAAUAUGCCAAUUACCCAUGUAAAUCAUAAAAUUGCCCACACAUAAAAUGCAUGUACAUGUAGUUGUUGUGCAGAAGUGAAAUACUCGUUGGAAAAGCGAUAUUUGACAAAAUAUUGAUUUUUAUUGAUAUUCAAAAUGGCCGUCAUAAGCCCCUGUAUACUCUAUUAUGUAGAAUGUGAAUGGAGAAAAAUAUUUUUAAAGAAGUGCACUAUUAGUGCAUGUGAUUGUGACCUACGAGUGGACUGCUGUCUGAAAACAUGAUUAUUAACAAAACUAUGUCAUUUGUAUACUAUCUAAUAUGAUAAAUGCUGUAUUAUGAUAUUCAAAAUGGCUGGCAUAGACCCCAUAUACUGUGUACAAUAUAUAAAAGGGGACAAAUAGUUUUCACAACAUUUGAAUUUGCUUGACUAUAAAAUGCCAACAAUUGCGAAAUAUUGGUGUAAAAAUGUCUGACAACAAUGAUUUCUAACGAGACAUAUCAUUUCCCUUGCCAUUUCGGUAAUUAUGCUGCAUUUUGACAUUCAAAAUGGCUGCCAUAGGCCCUAUUUGUAUUAUAAUCAAAGCGAAUGAAGAAACUAAUGUUCACAAGAGUAAGAACAAUAAAAUGAAUGUAAUUGUAAUCAACGAGUGAAAUAUUGUCUAAAAACAUGUUUUCUAGCGAAACAUAUCAUUUUCUUUGUCAUGCAUGAGACAAAUGCUGUAUUGUGAAAUUCUAAAUGGCCCCUUGGCCACUUGCACUAUUAUCUACAAUGUAAAUGGGGACAAAUAGUUUUGAAAGAAUUAGGAUUUGCCUGACUAUGAAUCCAUAUAAUUCUGUUGUAUAAGGAAAAUAUUGUUUGAAAACGUGUUUUUUUUAAUGAAAUAUAGCCUUUCCUCUCCCAUGUAGGUGAUACAUACUGUAUAUUGACUAUCAAAAUGGCCGCUACAAGCCCUAACUAAAUUAUGUAACAUGCGUAUAGGGAAACUAAUUUUCACCAGAAUGAGAACCAAAAACGCACGUAACUAUGUGAUGUACAGGUAAAAUAAUGUCUUGAACAUGAUUUCUAACUAAAUACAUCACAUAUUGGUCGAGAAGGUGAUAAAUGCCUUACUUUGAAAUUAAAAAUUGCUGCCAUAGGACCCCAAAGUAGUAUGUACAUUGUAACUGGGGACAGAUAAUUUUGACAGAAUUUUUACUAUAAAAAAUACUUAAUUUUGACGUAAGUGUAAAGUAUGGUUUAAACUUAAUGGCCCGUAUUCUGAUAGCAGGUUUAAUUCAACCCUAGUCUAAAGUUAACCCUGGUUUAACUCAACCUCCUCUAAACCUCACCACUGGUCUAAGUGUAGUUUAAUUAUUUUGGUAUUCUGAUAGCCAGGUUUAACUAAACCUGGGUUAAACCCGGGUUUAAUUUUUUUGGGAAAUAAUCAGCCUCUUUCGACCAAAACUAGCAACUUUUGGGUAAAUUACUGCUGCAGGGGUGACUGCAACAAAGUUUUAAAAAAAUGUCACUAAAGUUGUUUUUUCUCAAAAGUUUUGAUUUUAUGGAAACUAAUUACAACUAUUGUAGUG